AUGCCUUCUGGCAAGCAUCGUCUCUAUAUCGCACUUGAUGCUCGUGGUGGUAACCCCACCAUGCCGGAGAAAGAAAAUACAUACCAUCGGGCUUUAAUUGUCGGGCCUAAAAAAGAAGUUGAAGAUUCACGAGGAACACGUUUUCACGCCAAGGAACUUUUGUCCGCCUCAACUGGGAAACCCGAAUUUGAGUACGAAGAGGUGUCUAUACCUCUUCGAGCAACGCAAUUGCUUUUGUUGCAAAAUGAUGGGAAAACUUUGGGCACCGCUGUGAUCGAAUGGGCUACGGUCCGAGAUGCGGCGAUGAGCUACUGUCAGAGGAAGAAGGACGAGCAUCGAUUUGACGGGGUGGUUGAAUGGGAGACGGAUAAAGCGGCAACAUUUAACUUGAUCGAUGGGAAGCAGGUAAUACUUUAG